UGUGGUCGAACUCGGACCGGGCGGGAGAAAAGAGCAGCAUAGCGCAGUACCUUCCAGAACAAAAUCCCACACACCGUCUGCCCUUUUUUGCUCGCUUUCUCGGGCUCUAGUUGCGUGCUCACUACAACCUUUGUCUCUGAGAAUUCUGUGUCCUCUCACCAUGGAUAUUGAGGAGGACAUCCGUUCUCUACAGCUUGAUUCAACAGAUUUAACAGAAGACAAUAAUGGUGUUGUUAAUCCGGAGGAGGCAAAGCCAGAAGUUGAGAAUUCUGCUAAGAUGGAUGAAGUUUCAGGUCCAAAGCGUGAAGUUAAGGCACAGCCUGCCCAUUCUCAGCCUAAAGAUAAGGAAAUUCCUUCAGUGGAAGAUCAAGACGAUCUGAUAACAGAUGAGAAAAACCAUUUGAAUGUUGUGUUCAUUGGUCAUGUUGAUGCUGGUAAGUCUACGACUGGAGGCCAGAUUCUUUUCCUAAGUGGUCAGGUUGAUGAACGUACUAUCCAAAAAUAUGAAAAAGAAGCAAAGGACAAAAGUAGAGAAAGUUGGUAUAUGGCUUAUAUAAUGGACACUAAUGAAGAGGAGAGGGUAAAGGGCAAAACGGUUGAAGUGGGAAGAGCGCAUUUUGAGACAGAAAAAAGAAGGUUUACAAUUUUGGAUGCACCUGGUCACAAAAGCUAUGUCCCCAACAUGAUCAGUGGUGCAACUCAAGCUGAUAUUGGAGUUUUGGUAAUUUCUGCUCGAAAGGGAGAAUUUGAAACUGGAUAUGAAAGAGGUGGACAGACCCGUGAACAUGUCCAGCUUGCAAAAACAUUGGGUGUGUCUAAGCUGAUUGUUGUUAUUAAUAAAAUGGACGACCCUACAGUGAAGUGGUCAAAGGAAAGGUAUGAUGAAAUUGAGUCAAAGAUGAUUCCUUUUCUUAAGUCGUCGGGCUACAAUGUGAAGAAAGAUGUCCUGUUUUUACCCUUAUCUGGGCUGACUGGUGCAAACAUACAAACGAGAGUGGAUAAAAGCACUUGUGCUUGGUGGGAUGGUCCCUGCCUAUUUGAAGCCCUUGAUGGUGUUGAAAGUCCGCCCCGAGACCCCAAAGGCCCUUUCAGGAUGCCUAUUCUUGACAAAUUCAAAGACAUGGGAACUGUCGUUAUGGGAAAAGUGGAAUCUGGUACUGUACGUGAGGGGGAUUCCUUGUUGGUUAUGCCAAAUAAGGAUCACGUAAAAGUUGUUGCUGUAUUCAUUGAUGAAGAUAGGGUCAAACGUGCUGGACCUGGUGAGAAUUUACGAGUUAGAAUAUCUGGUGUUGAAGAAGAAGACAUACUAGGCGGGUUCAUUCUGUCUAGCGUUGAAAAUCCAAUACCAGCUGUUACUGAGUUUGUGGCUCAGCUGCAGAUCCUUGAAUUGGUGGACAAUGCUAUUUUUACUGCUGGAUACAAGGCUGUUUUGCACAUCCACUGUGUUGUUGAAGAAUGUGAGAUUGUUGAGCUCCUACAACAAAUUGAUCCAAAGUUGAAGAAACCUAUGAAAAAGAAACCUCUCUUUGUGAAGAAUGGUGCUGUUGUUGUCUGCCGAGUUCAGGUUAACAAUUCGAUAUGCGUUGAAAAAUUUGCUGAUUUCCCCCAACUUGGAAGGUUUACUCUUCGCACGGAAGGAAAAACUGUUGCAGUGGGAAAAGUCACUGGUUUUUAAUUUUGAAACAAUUUUGAAUUGAGUGGGCAGGACGUAAAUGUUGGAUUGGUAAAAAGAGGGAGGCGUUGAGGCAUAAUUGACAGCAACAAGUCUGGCGAUGUUUUUUGGCAUCUUAAAUUUGCUCGUACUUAGUAAUUAAUAGUUGAGGGUAAUUUUAUGUUUGCACCCAUGUAUUGUGCGGGUGAUAGCCUUUCUGUAUCAGCCAUACAUGUUCCAAAUCCAAAUAUAAUUGAGUGGACGGGUUUUAGACCCGUUGUAUCACUAUUAUUCAAGACAUUUCUGGACUGGCUUCUCAUAUAAUACAGUGAUAGCGGCAUUUAAACAAAUA